GCCCGCUCGACUCUCCCAGUCACCUCUCGGCGGCGCGCCGUGUCCGAGCACGGGUCAGCGGGUCAGCGGCACAGGUCAGUCCCUCUCAGACGGCGGCAGUCAUGGGUGUCGAAAUCUACGGCAACGAGGGCAGCCCGGCGUGCCGGUGUGUGUUCCUGGUAGCGCGCGCCAUCGGGCUCGACUACACGCUAAAGCCGACCAACCCGAUGGCCGGCGAGACGCGCACCGAGGAAUUUCUGCGCAUGAACCCGGCGCACACGAUCCCCACGAUGGCCGACGACGGCCUGUUCCUGGGCGAGAGCCGCGCCAUCGCCACCUACCUGGUCAACAAGUACGCGCCCGAGAGCGAGCUGUACCCGCGCGAGCCGGCCGCGCGCGCUGUCGUCGAGCAGCGGCUCUUCUACGACGUGGGUCUGUUCGCGGCGCUGCGCUCCGUGCUGGGAGCGCUGCUCUACUUCAAGAGCCCGGAGCAGUUCGAGGCCGCGCUGCCCCAGGUAGACGAGUGCAUGGAGCUGCUGGAGACGUUCCUGAAGCGCUCGCCGUUCGUGGCCGGCGACCACGUGACCGUGGCCGACCUGGCCAUCGUGGCCAACGUGUCCACCAUCGAGGCUGCCGAGCUGGACCUGUCGCGCUGGACGCGCGUGCAGCGCUGGCUGGCCAAGAUGAAGACGCUGCCGUACUACAGCGUCAACGAGGCGGGCGCCCAGUACCUCGGCGGCGUCUUCAAGAAGGCGCUCUUUCAGGCCAGGAAGGCCAAGUUCUCGGCAUCGUAGAGACGCCGGGCUCUGAGAGUUAGUUUGUCACCUUUCCACUUCCUCUGUGGCCCGAUCAUCUGCCGCUGGUCAGGAUUCUAACGUCACCUACAUCCGCACCGUAAAGUUAUAACGGGGAGCUACGGCGCCAAUGCUCCAGCCUACGUUGUUUCCGUGUUAUCAGGUAAACUUACUUACUUAUGUUAUUUACUUAUGAUGUGUAAAUGCGCUGUUCCCGACGUCUAAAUACAGUGAUAUGAUGCACCCUGCCA